CAGCGGGGUGGAAGGCGGGCCGGCCGGCGGGGCGCGGGGGCUGGACCUGCAGAAGCCGGGUCGGGCCCGCUGCCUCCCGAGCGCGCACAGUCGGCGUCUGGGCCUCGGCGGAAGGUGCGGCCACCCUGCUGCGCCCGGGGCCGCCGCCAUGCCGUUCCUGCACGGCUUCCGGAGGAUCAUCUUCGAGUACCAGCCGCUGGUGGAUGCGAUUCUGGGCUCCCUGGGGAUCCAGGACCCUGAGCGGCAGGAGCCUCUGGACGGGUCCAGUUAUGUUGCCAGCGAGGAGAGCCGGAUCCUCGUUCUCACUGAGCUGCUGGAGAGAAAGGCCCACUCCCCGUUUUACCAGGAAGGUGUGAGCAACGCCCUGCUGAAGAUGGCCGAGCUGGGGCUGACCCGGGCGGCCGAUGUUCUCCUGCGCAACGGGGCCAACCUCAACUUUGAAGACCCCGUCACCUACUACACCGCCCUGCACAUCGCUGUCCUGCGAAACCAGCCCGACAUGGUGGAGCUGCUGGUGCGACACGGGGCCGACAUUAACCGGAGGGACCGGAUCCACGAGAGCAGCCCCUUGGACCUGGCCAGCGAGGAGCCGGAGCGCCUGCCCUGCCUGCAGCGCCUCCUGGACCUCGGGGCAGACGUCAACGCGGCCGACAAGCACGGGAAGACCGCGCUGCUGCACGCAUUGGCCAGCAGUGACGGGGUGCAGAUCUACAACACCGAGAACAUCCGGCUCUUGCUGGAAGGAGGGGCAGACGUCAAGGCCACCACCAAAGACGGGGACACCGUGUUCACCUGCAUCAUCUUCCUGCUCGGGGAGACGGUGGGAGGGGACAAGGACGAGGCCCAGAUGAUCAGCCGCUUCUGCUUCCAAGUCACGAAGCUGCUGCUGGCCCACGGGGCCGACCCCAGCGAGUGCCCGGCCCACGAGUCCCUCACCCACAUCUGCCUUAAGAGCUUCAAACUGCAUUUCCCUCUCCUGCGCUUCCUGCUGGAGUCCGGAGCAGCCUAUAACUGUUCCCUCCACGGUGCGUCCUGCUGGUCCGGCUUCCACAUCAUCUUCGAGAGGCUCUGUUCGCACCCGGGCUGCGCGGAGGACGAGAGCCACGUGGACCUGCUGCGCAAAGCCGAGACCGUCCUGGAUCUCAUGGUGACUAAUUCCCAGAAACUCCAGCUGCCCGAAAACUUCGACAUCCACCCCGUGGGCAGCCUGGCAGAGAAGAUCCAGGCCCUUCACUUCUCCUUGAGGCAGCUGGAGAGCUAUCCCCCGUCCCUCAAGCACCUGUGUCGCGUUUACAUCCGCCUCUACCUUCAGCCCUGGCCUGUGGAUGUGAAGGUCAAAGCCCUGCCUCUGCCCGACAGGCUGAAGUGGUACCUCCUUAGUGAGCACAGCGGUACCACGGAGGAGGACAUCUGAUCACUCCCCGACUGAAGGCGGCGGGGUCUGGGCAGCUCGGCCCGCUGGCGGAUUUCGGUACCUGUGGCAGCCUUGGGGAGAACCUUCGGGCCUUCUGUCAGAAGGUACGGGUUGGGAGACGAGACUUCAUCCGUACUGAGUACCAAGAAAACCAGGUGGGGCCUGGCAGCUAGUCAUUCCAGUGGGAAACGGCUCGGUCUUCCAGGGGGACCGCCCCCCAAGUCUCAACCACACUGGGAAAAGGGACAGGGUUUAGAUUUGGGACAAGCAUACACUCUGUUAAUUUGAGGGGAGCGCCGGGCAGGGUAGCUGUGAGGCCGGGUCCCGCUGAGAGUCGCAGGAGGCUGGUCUGUCCUGCGUGGGGCCCGGCGGAUGCGAGUUAGCACGUGGGCCCGUCAGGGCACGGCCCGGCCUAGGCCGCCCCCCCCCCCCCCCGUGAGAUUACGUCACCCACAGAAGUGCUUCUGGCGGACUAAGGAGAAGAGCGAGCCGAGCCCUGCUGCCUCUGGAGCUCUGGGGCCAGGUCACCCAACGGCCCCGGACCGGGCUCUGGUGGCAGCUCUGUGCCAAACCUGGGAUCUCGGGGGACCUGUGCCUUCUGCUACAAAGUAAUCCUGCGUGACCAGGGACAGCCCUUUCCAAGAUGUCUCCAUGUUGCGCGGGGUCCGUCUGGCGAAGAAAGCCACCAGUGCUGACGGCUGACUGUGCUGCUAUACAGGCUGAGCCCCCAGCAAGCCGAGUGCGAGUCGCGUGGGUCACUGAAUUGUGUCACUGCCUAGGAAGGAAGCUGAGGCAAGUAAAUGAUUCACGCUAACGUGA